GCAAUGCAUUUCUGACACCACUUUAUUUGCACAAUUGCGUGUGAUAAUCAUUUGCACAAUGACUCACCAUUUUAGCUUUACUUGCAGGAUGUUUUCAAUGCACUUUAAUCUCUCUUUGAUGCCAAAAUUAGCCCCAGUGUGAUAAACUCCCUAGUCCAAUGCUCAGACCACUACACCUAUGCUGGCUCUCACAAUUUAGGAAAUGACUGAAGAGACAGCUUUACAGCCUUCCUUUGUCAUCAUCAGCUCUUGCAGAGAAUAUGAAUGUUAAGUCUGGUUUGGCCAUUCCCCAUCUCUGUGUAAUGUUCCUCAGAGCAAGGGAUAAGUCAUUUCUGGUAACAGUCUGCUGGGACAUAGGCCAAGUCAACCAAGAGUUGUGGGCACCAGAAGGAGAAGGAGGGAGGCAUGUAAUCAUCAAAUCAUCAAACAGCAUUUCAAUGCCUUAGGAAGCAGAGACUAACAAUGAAUGCUGCUCCUUCUUCCUUCAGAAAAUCUGCCUUCCUGAUAUGUUUCUUUGUGCUGGGUCUGCUUUGCUGCUUGUUUACUGGCUUCAGUUGCUUCAGCACAAUCUUGGGUGUUUUGUUGUUGUUGUUGUGGUGGUGGUGGUUGUUAGGUAUGUAACAGAUGCAUGCCAUGCCUGUGAUAGCAGGCUGUUGUACAGCCUUGCUGAACAAGAGGCGGGCUCUGCUUCGGAAAUCCGGAAUCGGCACAUAGGAAAAGCACAGACAAAGAGAAGUAAAACAGCGGGGAGGGAGGAAGGAAGCGGUGGGUGCCUAAGGACCACCCAGAGGAGUACCGGGAUCUUUGCCAAGUUGGCAUAAACCUUGACAUCCCCACUUGUAUGCUGAAGACCAGAAGCUUCAUCUUCUAAGUAUCAUAAAUUAGAAGAGCCAAAUGAAUGGUUAUUAAAAAGGUUGAUCCUUGCCAACUGAGAUUUGCUGAUGAUGAAUGGAACAGCCAAUGUGAACGCAACUGGACGUACCCACUAUGCCUCCUCUAUUCCUGUUCCCAGAGCUGCAUCCCACAGCAAGAUACACACUCUGGUGGCAUCGCCAAAAUUACCCCCAAGGCAGAACAGUGUGGGAGCGGUUCCCUCACAGAGGGCACCAUCACCCAGGUCAGGCAAGGGAGUGCUUAGCUCAAGCAGUGGAACUCCCAAAGGAUCCAAGCAGAAGCCCGGUCUCAAGAAAGCAGAGGGACCUGAGAGUCAUGUUGGAAUGGACCUGAUGGAGUCCAAUCUCAGCCAGAGCAUGGUGCCUAGCUGCAAUAGCCCCCGAGGGGUGCAUAAGGCCAGUUCCAGAAAUGCCUGCACAGCUAAGAAAGCUGUUGUACAAGCAACAGAGAGAGUAAAAGAUGUCACAAGACAAGCAGAAGACACUAGCAGCCUAAGUGUCAAGAAGGGUCCUGGGAAGCUUACCACUGCUUCUGAACCUGCAAAAACCUCUCACCUCCCAGGGAAGAGCCCUUCCUAUCUCAGCCUGUAUAGUGAGACUUUGUUGUCCAGGUCUUCAGAGGGACCCACCACAAAGAGGCCACAGAGUUGUCCAGUAAAAGACCAGUGGACCUCAGAAACAAACUGGAAAGGAAGUGGAACAUCCAAAAUGGAGGACAAACCUCAAGUGAUCUCAUUGGAUACAAGCAACCUUAAUAAGGGCCCUGCGCUACACACUGGACCCAUCAGUUUUUCUUCUGUUCCACAGCACAACCAUCCCAUCAUGGCCACUGUAGCCCCUUUUCAUUAUCGGAGACAAAAUGAAAAAGACAGAAACAGUCUUCCUAAGGAAGAACACACAUAUGAAGUGCAGCAGCCUAGUCCUACUGAAGGGCCUGUACCCAGCUUGAGAAUCAUAGAUCCUGAAUCCCAGAGAAAGAGGACAGUGCAGAAUGUACUGGACCUUCGGCAGAACCUGGAAGAGACCAUGUCCAGCUUGCGGGGCUCCCAAGUAACUCACAGCUCACUGGAGAUGACGUGUUAUGACAGUGAUGAAGCCAAUCCCCGCAGCGUGUCCAGCCUGUCAAAUCGUUCUUCUCCCCUCUCCUGGCGCUAUGGUCAGUCCAGCCCACGUCUGCAGGCCGGGGAUGCUCCUUCAGUGGGUGGGGGCUGCCGCUCAGAAGGUACUCCUAGCUGGUACAUGCAUGGGGAACGAGCUCAUUAUUCCCACACCAUGCCCAUGCGCAGCCCCAGCAAGCUCAGCCACAUUUCUCGCCUGGAGCUUGUAGAGUCACUUGAUGCUGAUGACGUCGAUCUCAAGUCUGGGUACAUGAGUGACAGUGACCUAAUGGGCAAGACAAUGACUGAGGAUGAUGAUAUCACCACAGGCUGGGACGAGAGCAGUUCCAUUAGCAGUGGCCUCAGUGAUGCCUCAGACAAUCUCAGCUCAGAAGAAUUCAAUGCCAGCUCCUCCCUCAAUUCACUGCCUUCUACCCCUACAGCUUCUCGCAGGAACUCUGCCAUAGCGCUGCGUACAGACUCUGAGAAGCGAUCACUGGCAGAGAGCGGGCUGAACUGGUACGGUGAGCCAGAGGAGAAAGCUCAGAAGAAGAUGGACUAUGACAGUGGGAGUCUGAAAAUGGAGCACAGUUCCUCCAAAUGGCGACGAGAGCGCUCUGAAAGCUGCGAUGAGGCUCCUGCCAAAGGCGGGGAAUUGAAAAAGCCUGUCAGUUUGGGCCCACCAGGUUCCUUGAAAAAGGGCAAGACUCCCCCUGUAGCAGUGACUUCCCCCAUUACACACACAGCCCAGACUCUCAAAGUGGCAGGUAAACCUGAGGCAAAAGCAACAGACAAGAACAAGUUGUCUGUAAAGAAUGCUGGCCUGCAGCGCUCUUCUUCUGAUGCUGGCAGAGAUCGGAUUUCAGAUGCCAAGAAGCCUCCAUCUGGGCUCACACGAAAUACCACUUCUGGUUCCUUUGGGUACAACAAAAAGCCACCUCCUGCAACUGGCACUGCCACAGUGAUGCAAUCUGGUGGGUCAGCCACACUUGGCAAGAUCCAGAAGAAUUCAAAUAUCCCUGUCAAGCCAGUCAAUGGCAGGAAAACUAGCCUGGAUGUUUCAAAUGCUGCGGAACCUGGUUUUAUGGCCCCUGGGGCCCGCACCAAUAUUCAAUACCGGAGCCUGCCACGCCCAGCCAAAUCUAGCUCCAUGAGUGUGACUGGUGGGCGUAGUGGUCCACGGCCUGUCAGCAGUAGCAUUGACCCCAGCCUCCUCAGCACCAAAGGGGGGAUCUCUGUCUCGCGACUCAAGGAGCCCUCUAAAAUUGGCACAGGUCGAAGCACGCCUGUGCCAGUGAAUCAAACGGACAGAGAGAAAGAGAAAGCCAAAGCCAAAGCUGUGGCACUAGACUCUGACUGUGUCUCACUCAAGAGUAUUGGCUCUCCGGAAAGCACUCCAAAGGCUCAAGGUGGCCACCAGAUCCCUGCCAAAAUGGCUGAGCUGCCACCGACCCCACUCAGGUCAGCUGCCAAAAGCUAUGUAAAAGCCCCUUCUUUGGCCAACUUGGACAAGGUGAACUCCAACAGCCUGGACCUUCCUUCUUCAAGCGAACUCCACCAGAUGCAAGGUGGCAAACUGCAGGAGGCACAUCCAGCUUCAGUGAAUGUGGGCAGCCACCUUACAUCGUGCUUCACUCCAAGCCCCGCUCCAGUCCUUAAUAUUAACUCUGCUAGCUUUUCCCAGGGCCUGGAGCUCAUGGGUGGCUUCAGCAUCCCCAAGGAAACUCGCAUGUACCCAAAGCUUUCAGGCUUACAUAGGAGCAUGGAAUCCUUACAGAUGCCUAUGAGCCUACACAGUGCCUUCUCAGCAGGCAAUACGACAGCUCCUACUGCUUCUCCUACCCCACCUGUUGCUGCUGAAGAGGAGCCCAGUGAGAUGGCCUGGAUGGGAAGCCCCAGAAUCACACAUCUAGAGAGCUCUAACCGUGACCGGAAUACAUUACCGAAGAAGGGACUAAGUAGGUAUCAAGUCCAGUCUCAAGAGGAAGCCAAGGAGAGACGGCACUCCCACACAAUCGGAGGUCUUCAGGAGUCAGAUGACCAAUCUGAACUGCCUUCCCCUCCUGCUGUCUCCAUGCCAUUGGCUGGAAAGGCUCCACUCACUAAUAUUGUGAGUCCCACAGCAACCAACACCCCGAGGAUCACCCGCUCUAACAGCAUUCCUACCCACGACUCCACCUUCGAGCUGUACAACGCCUCCCCUAUGGGCAGCACCCUCUCCCUGGCAGACCGGCCCAAAGGCAUGAUCCGCUCAGGCUCUUUCCGCGACCCUGUGGAUGAUGGUGAGAGUCCUGCACCCAGCCAGGAGGACAAGAGUCUCCUCCUCAGUAAUAAUGUUCAUGGAUCCGUGCUGUCCCUGGCUUCCAGUGCUUCCUCUACCUAUUCCUCAGCUGAGGAGAGGAUGCAGUCUGAGCAAAUCCGUAAACUACGCCGUGAGUUGGAGUCAUCCCAAGAGAAAGUGGCCACGCUGACAUCCCAGCUCUCAGCCAAUGCUAACUUAGUAGCUGCUUUUGAACAGAGCCUGGUGAACAUGACAUCUCGCCUCCGACAGCUUGCAGACACUGCAGAAGAGAAGGACACCGAGCUGCUGGACUUGAGGGAAACUAUUGAUUUCUUAAAGAAAAAGAACUCAGAAGCCCAGGCUGUUAUCCAGGGAGCUCUAAAUGGGACUGACAUCACACCCAAAGAGCUGCGGAUCAAGAGGCAAAACUCCUCAGACAGCAUAUCUAGCCUAAACAGCAUCACCAGCCAUUCCAGCAUUGGCAGUGGCAAGGAUGCAGAUGCCAAGAAGAAGAAAAAGAAAAGCUGGGUGUAUGAGUUAAGAAGUUCUUUCAACAAGGCUUUCAGCAUCAAGAAGGGCCCCAAAUCUGCCUCUUCCUAUUCUGACAUAGAGGAAAUUGCCACCCCAGACUCUUCAGCACCAUCUUCUCCCAAGCUGCAACAUGGAUCCACAGAGACAGCCUCACCCUCCAUCAAAUCUUCCAACUCAUCUUCUGUGGGGAUUGAUACCACUGAGCUCUUCCAGACCAAUGAAGAGGAAGAGCCAGAGAAAAAGGAGGUCUCAGAGCUGCGCUCAGAGCUGUGGGAAAAGGAGAUGAAACUGACCGACAUUCGUCUUGAAGCCCUCAACUCAGCUCACCAACUGGACCAGCUGCGUGAAACUAUGCACAACAUGCAGCUGGAAGUGGAUCUGCUGAAAGCGGAGAAUGACCGGCUGAAGGUGGCUCCUGGGCCCUCCUCUAUGCCAAGCUCUAUCCCCAGCCACGUCUUAAGCUCAACUGCCACCUCUUCCCCCAGGCGAUCUCUAGGGCUCCAGCUUACUCACUCUUUCAGUCCUAGCUUGACUGAUACAGAACUGUCACCAAUGGAUGGCAUCACUGCUGGCACCCAGAAGGACGAGGUGACACUACGAAUUGUAGUGCGCAUGCCACCUCAGCACAUCAUCAAAGGGGACCUGAAGCAGCAGGAGUUUUAUCUGGGCAGUAGUAAACUGAGUGGGAAAUUGGAUUGGAAAAUGCUAGAUGAAGCUGUCUGUCAGGUGUUCAAGGACUAUAUCACCAAGAUGGACCCUGCUCUCACACUGGGGCUCAGCAUUGAAUCUGUCUAUGGCUACAGCAUCAGCCACAUCAAGCGAGUUUUGGAUACAGAGCCACCAGAACUGCCACCUUGUCGACGGGGUGUGACCAGCAUUGCUGUGACAUUGAAGGGCUUGAAAGAAAAGUGUGUGGACAGCUUGGUAUUUGAGACACUUAUCCCCAAGCCCAUGAUGCAGCACUACAUAAGCCUUCUGCUCAAGCACCGACGCCUCAUCCUUUCUGGGCCAAGUGGAACCGGCAAAACCUAUCUGACCAAUCGUCUGGCUGAGUAUUUGGUGGAACGCUCAGGCCGAGAGGUCACUGAUGGUAUUGUCAACACUUUCAACAUGCACCAACAGUCGUGCAAGGAUCUACAGCUUUACCUCUCUAAUCUGGCCAACCAGAUUGAUCGAGAAACAGGGAUAGAUGUGCCAUUGGUCAUUCUCCUUGAUGACCUCAGUGAACCUGGCUCUAUCAGUGAACUUGUUAAUGGAGCACUCACCUGCAAGUACCACAAAUGCCCUUACAUCAUUGGGACAACCAACCAGCCUGUAAAGAUGACUCCAAAUCAUGGUCUCCAUCUCAGCUUCAGGAUGCUGACAUUCUCCAAUAAUGUGGAGCCAGCAAAUGGCUUCCUCGUGCGCUACCUACGCCGGAAGCUGCUUGAGUCUGAUAGUGAUGUCAAUGCCAAUCGAGAAGAGUUAUUACGUGUACUAGACUGGGUGCCUAAGCUUUGGUACCAUUUGCACACCUUCCUGGAGAAGCACAGCACCUCUGACUUCCUCAUUGGUCCUUGUUUCUUCCUUUCAUGCCCAAUUGGUAUAGAGGAUUUCCGAACCUGGUUUAUUGACCUGUGGAAUAAUUCCAUCAUUCCCUACCUUCAGGAAGGAGCAAAGGAUGGGAUCAAGGUGCAUGGGCAGAAAGCAGCCUGGGAGGACCCUGUGGAGUGGGUGCGAGAUACAUUGCCAUGGCCAUCAGCCCAACAAGAUCAAUCAAAGCUCUAUCAUCUUCCCCCACCCAGCAUGGGACCCCAUAGCACUGUUUCACCUCCAGAGGAAAGGAGUGGCAAGGAUUCUACACCUAACUCUCUGGAAUCAGACCCCUUGAUGGCAAUGUUGCUGAAGCUCCAGGAAGCUGCCAACUACAUUGAAUCUCCUGACCGAGAAACCCUUGACCCCAACGUGCAGUCUGCACUCUAAAGAUAACUGGAUCAGGAUGGAACGAAGACUGGAGUGAGCUGGUCUCAGCUGCCUUCGCUCCUAGCUCUUCUUCGUUUUUGUUAUCCAGAACCUGUGGCCUGAACAGAGCACCACAGAGGGUGGGGAGGUGCCCAUCACUUGUUCUGGGACUGUGCAGAUAGAUGGACAAUGAAACUAGAGGCAGUAUGCUACUCCUCUGCAAGAUACUGUCUCCCUCCCCCCAAGACUACAGUGGUGGGAGAAUGACAGUUUUUAGUCUUAGGCUUUCAGCCUUUGUCAUAAACUCCUAGGUGUUGCAGUAUGACCAGGGGGAGGGGCAUUUAUAAAUCUCUCACAUCCAGGGUUCCUGCUGUCAGGGAUCUGGUGUGGGACAGAGACUCUGGAGACCUCCUCACAGAACCAGCCACUGCACUUCUGCAUGGUAAUGCUGGGCUGUAGCCAAGCUUGUGGUUCCCUAAAGCAAGGAUCUUUUUUAUAAAGUGAAGAAAAAGACCCCAGAAAGGAACCCAGUAAGCACUGGAGUGGAAGAGUCACCCCUGCAGCAGAACCAGCUGCUGCCAGAGCUUUUCCCCUCUGGAUGCUGUUCCUCAGCUUUCCUGCCACAGAACCAUGGGCAAAGGCCUAGGACUGUUAACUCUGUCUUUGUACCCUCCUUAUUUAAUCUGCAUGAUGGUUCUUUUACAUUCAGAUUCCCAAUAAACUCGGCUUUGGUUUUUUCCCCCUUCUCCCCCAUUAUUUUAUUUUAGUUAAGCUGGGCCAUUCUGUUUACUCUUGGUUGUCAACAACUGUGUUUCAUUUUGUUUCUAUCCACUUAGCCUUGGUUCCACAUGGAGGAGCCAAAUGAUUUCAUUGUGUUUUUCCCACCAUUCCUUUUCACUUUUUUCUUGGUUUAUCACCCUGUAUAUUCCAUCACUGUGGUCCCUUCACCUUGAAAUUGGUGCUGACUGGAUGACCUCCAAAAACCUCGCCCGCCUUGUGUUUCCUUGCAGCUUGCAUCAGAUGUGCACAGGGUUGAAUCGGCAGCACAACUUUCUCAAAGAGGCACAACUUGCUGAUAGGCUCCAGGUUCUUUUCCAUUCUUUAUCAUUCUAUUCAUAAAAGCACAAGAGACCUACAGGCUAAGAAUGAGGGGAGAAUAUUUCAUUGUAGCUGUCUCUUUGGACAGCAAAACUGUCAAAUGUUUCCUUAACUAAAGCUGUCUCCCAGCUCUGCUCUGCAUACUGAUGGGCUAAUAUGACUCACUUUUUUCCUUGUUCAUUUUGUUUUUGUUUAUAAUCUUCUGCUCACUUUGUAGUGAGAAGAUAGCAGAUUGCCGUUUACCGCCUUAGUUGCAAAAAAAAAAAUGUUUCCUUUGCAUUUAAACAUUACUUCCAUUCCACACUGAAUCUAGGAUUUCAGUUAAUUCAGUGCUUGCAGGCUAUCUGAUUUGAGGGACCUGCAUCACCCCCCUCCCAAUAUACCAGAGACCUGCCAGGAAACAGUUGCAUACAAUUGUGUCUUUGCUGACUGGCAACAGAUAACUCUGGGACCAGCAUUGGUUCAUGGGCCACCACUUUGAGUAGUACUGACUUAGCUGAUUUCCAAAGAUGUAGUUAUCAGUCAGUUGGCCAGCUUUCUCUCAUCCUACUGUCUUCCAAAUGUUUGAGGCUACAACUUUUAUUAUCCCUGACAUUGGCCACUAUAGGUAGGGCUAAUGGGAGUUGUGAUCCCAAACAUCUGAAGGGCAACACUUGAAGAAAGCUAAGCCUUCCAAAUGAAGUAAAUCUCCCCCACUCUCUGGGCACUUUCUAUCUGAGUGCUACAGAGCAAAGCUGUACUCUUAAGUCAAAUCUGUGUUCCUAUAUAGAAUGGUCUGUUUGUAAAGUUGGCAUGCUUUGUCUUUUCAUUACAGACUAAGAUUUGCUUCAAAUGAGUUUUGGUGCAAUUUCUUUGGAAAUGUUUGAGAAGCCCUUUUUACCAAUCUGUUACUUCUCUUUGCAAUUGGAAAGGCAUAUAUGUGUUUCCAGAAGCCCUUUAGCCUAUCCAGCACUAAACAGCAAUUAGGAUUUGUUUUGUUUUGUUUCUGGAUGGAUUCUUUGAAAAUGAAGUUACAGUGACAGGUUAGUAGUUCAAUCUCCUUCCAUACCAAAUUGGCCUGCUGGUGAGCUUUGAAGCUGCUUUUUCCAUCUCCCAAUCUUGGUACAUUACGAAGUUAUUCAUAGUGCAGCUCCCAGCUUUUCCAGAUGGAGUAUCAUAAGGAAUCAAUUCAUACUCCAGAAGAAUAUACAUAGCAUAAUACAGAAGGCAGAAUUUAAACUAUUGGUUUGGCUUUAACAAUGUUUACUCUGCUAAGUGUUCUCUUCUUAUCCAUGGUGAAGUCUUUGUUUACAAGUUUACUAAUGCAGCAAUCAAUGUAGCCAAAAUCCCUUCACUGUUAAUAUGAUAUUUUACUACAUAUGAUAUAGAAUCCAAUUUUCAUUUUAACUGAAUGACUAAUAGCUAGAUCUGUAGAUAAAAUGUACUGUGCCAAAUAUUUCACUCUGAAUUCCUAUAGAUCAUGUUUAGCCCCUGUAUGGUUCUGAACAUAUUUUAGGUCACACUAGCCAUAUGUUCAGAAUUUUCUCUGCAAUUAUGAAGUCUUCAAAGAAUGGUUUUAGAAAACUAGAGUGAAAUUUCUCAGGACUCUAGAAAAUGUGCCAAGUUCUGCAUUUACCUAGUCAACACACAGAAUGUAUAUAGUUUUAGGAGUCCACUUCUCACUUUGCCAUAGUGAGCUUCCUGAAGUCAAAGCCAUUGUGCUUCUCUUAUAACUAUGAUAUUGUGAUGACAAGUGGGACCUGUGACACAAUAGUAGUAUGGAGUUCUGUAGUGGGCUCCUUAGCCAGCCAUGCUUUUUGGUAGGGAUGGAACAAAUAUUCAAAAAUAAUUGAAAAACAUGGGUGGUUUUGUUUGUUUUUCACUAUUGAGAAACUGUUGAGAAACUCUGAAAAACCCUGGACUGAUGAGAAUCUUCACAGUUUGAGACUUAUUCUAUGCAAAGUUCUCAUGUGGCUGUUUUGCACAGAAAACAGCAUUUUCAGAGACGGGAGCAGGAUUUUCUGCACAGACAUUGAGAGCGUUCCAUGCAAUGUAAUUGGAAAUAUUCCACACAAAAUUUACAACUCAUUGAUUUGCACUGAAAACAGCAUUGUCUACACAAGAAAUUAUAUUUCUAGCCAGAAAUACAAUUUUCUGUACAUGAAACAGCAUCUCUUCAAUAUUUCUGAAUAGAUACAUGAUUUCUUGCACAGCAAACAUUUUCAAUGCAAAUCAGCCAUAUGUGAAUUUUGUACAGAAUAAGUCCCAAAUUAUAAAUAGGCUUCAAAAACUGCCUGGUUUUUUUUUUAAGUAUUUAAAAAUCAGGAAGAAAAUUGCUAUAAUUAUUCAUUGCCUCCUUCAAGAAAAUGUGAUUAAUUACAUCCCUAAUCUGUGGUAGAAUACUCCAUUCCCACAUCAACUUUUCUCUAUCACUCCUAACCUGUACGCAGUAUUCUGUGCUCAUUGAACAUGAUCUUGUGUUUUGAUAAGCUAAGGACCCUAUUAAGUUUUGUUGGUUUGGAAUUUAUGUAAAAGUCUGAGUUAAUCUGAGCCUUCUGCUUCUCUUGUGCAUGGCUGAUAGAACCCUUUUUUGAAAAAGAAAUUGCCAAUUUUGGUAUUUAAUAAAUGUGUAGCCAACCUAGUGCAGAUGCCCAAUUAUAAAAAAACUGCAAAUGUUUCUGCCAUGCCUGAUGAACAGGAACAAAGGGGGCCUUUAGGCCAGGAGACUGCUGAGACUUACUGCUAGUCAACCAGCCUUUCUGGCGGUGGCCUGCCAACUGCUUCUGGGUUCAACAGCUGUGAAACAAAUGCCAGAUACAAGGGUUUCUAUGUGUACUUUGGUAACUGCAUGAAGAUGAUGGCAGCCUUCAGUAGCUACAGAGAAGAAAGAAUUUUAGCAGGUGUUGUUUAUCAUUGCAAGCCUCACCUGUUGAAAUUCCCUCUUCCACCCACUGACCAAAGCUACAGGACAGAACACUGUCCUAUUUUUUCCCACUUGGUCACCCUAGUGUAAACGGUAGUAAUUCAUUUGGAUGGUGCUAUCUCAUGCUUAAGAGACAUGCUGAUAGGGUUGGCCAGUACCAUGGUAAUUAAAUUUCAUGUAAUGGAAAUAAAUAAGUUGAGGAUUCAAUGGAAGAUUUUCAGUGCUUUCCUUGAGUCUUGACCUACAUGACAAAGCAACUUGUCAAAAGAUAGGGGUUUAUAUUAGAAGAUAUAAAAGGGACAUGCUUAGCACUGUUUCUUAUGUGCAACCUCUGCUCUCCCCUCCACCCCAUUUGCACCCACCUCAUGCUUCUAAUAACCAUUGGGCCAACUAUAUAUGCCUGCUGUAUAUUUUCAAAACUGCUUCACAAUCAGCUUAACUAUCAUCAAAGUACUGAGUGCACUACACUACCUGAAUGCACUACAUAACCAUCACCCCAGCUUGGUACUAUAUAUAUCUGUUUUAUUGCAACUACUACCCUCUUUAGUCAAUAGUCACAUGGCCUCAGAAUGGUGGCAGUUGUCCAUAUUUAGAGGAUACCAGGUUGAAGAGACUGUGCUACAGAAUGGUUUCCCAGGUAUAGUGUUGAUUUGCUCAGACUCCAACAGAGUUGUAAUAUCCGCUGAACCUUUUCAAGACCUAUCUGUCCUUGAGGCAAAAUAUCUUAGAUUGGCUGCUAGCCUUCAUGUUUGUCUAUUCUGAAUCAAUCUGUAACUGUCAGUCAUAUCUUGCCAGCAUGGUAGUGCUGCUGGCUAAGAGAGUAUCCUAGCAGAUGGUGGUCUACCCAGAGGGCAAGGAAGUGUGGCAGGUUUUUAUUGUCUGUUUGCAUUUUCUUCACCAGCCUCAUGCACAAGUAGAGUAAAUGAGUGGAUAAGAGGUGGGGCUUGUUAAGCACUGCAAAGCACUAUGUUCUAUCAUUAUGAGGAUGAAUAUUCAUGGCAAAUGUGUAACCUUUGGAGGAACAGCUCUUGUGCUUUGGAUAGAAGUUGUGCUGCUCUCAAACUGUGAAACUCUGAGCAAAAAUGCAAUUUGAAUAACUGGACUAUAGAGAUAUCCAUGGUCCUGAAACUGCCUUAAUGUCACAAUUGCAAGAAAGGGCAGUGGGUGGUGGAACUGGCAAAUCUUGUUGUUUUCUGACAACAGGAAGAAGCUGUGGUGGCCUUGUUAACCCAGCCCAGGAUAAAUUCUAGAUUUCCCAUCUUUAGUUCAAAGAGAAGGCAGGGACACAUUUAAUGCUUUCGGAAUCAGGCCUGUUGUUCCCAUUGCUGACAGUGUUGUUUGGAAUUAUUUAAAGGGAUGAUGCAUAAAAAAGCCUGGCAAGUGUCUUUCACCCUAAGACCCAGUGUACAAAUUGGACCUUGCUUUCCUGUCUACCUACCCAACUGCAGGUAGUUACGGAUCUUCUCAUUCCUUUGCUAGGGAGACAUUUCAUUUGUAGAGAGGAUAGGAUUAGCCAGGCAUUGAUCCCAUUUUAAGAGUGGAAUAGAUCUCUUAUCAGAAAUGUUACUCCUUUUUUAAAAAAAACAUCUGUCCCUUGGGCUGGAAUAAAGAGUGCUACCCAUCCAGUUCAAUGUUUUAUUAUUCUGAGCUAGUUUUUCUAUUGCCAUUAUGCAGCUAGUCCAGCUAACAGACCUCAGGAAAUCAGAACUUUGGGUUACACCUUAGGAAGAGGCAGGGAUUUUGCAUCUCUGUUGGAAUGCCAGAAAAAUUCUUGACUUUGCCUUCAAAAGACAAGGAACCAUUUGUCCAGGCUGCCAGGUUUUAGAUCAGGAAUGCUUCAAAUCUGGUUCCCUUUCCACCCCAAAAAAAGAAUUAAGAUGAUCAGAAGGGAAAGGACUAUUUCUUUCUAAAUCUUUCUGUAAAAUGUAAACACUGUAACUAGACUCCCAACAGGCUCACAUCCUCCCCUGGCUGCCUCUCACCAUUCCACAGCUGAAGGAAAUCUCCCUCACACACAGUGGCAGUGGCAGGCUCCAUAUUUUUUAGUUGUUAGAGCUACACCCUAACCACUAAAAGAGUCAGCUCCUGCUGUCUAGGGCAGAAAGGGGUGUACACCUCUGCUUUUGCCCCAUUCCCAAAUACCCCCUCUCUCCCCCUUCUUAGGUAAGCACUAUUGAGAUUACCCCCUAGCUUUGGCUGGUUUUAAAAAAAAACAACUAGCUUGUGAAGCUGUGAUGGCAGAGGGCAUGCUAGUUUGGCUGUAGGCAUGGCUCCAUCUUUGUGUUGGGAAUAUUUUCCUGCUAAAUGUGUGACGCUUAUGUGUUGAUCCAGCUCACUGAACAGGCAACAGUAAGGUCCAUAGAUUUGCAAUGAACCAAGAAAAACAUGUAAGACAUCCAGUUUCUGAAAUAUGGGAGUGGGACAGGCUUCUGCCCAUGUUUCUACUUCUUUCUUUACUAAUGAUGUUGACCAUGCAUACCUUGUGAGUUUCUUCCCCUCAGACAUUUCCUAUAUUAGACUUCUCUGCUUUGAUUUACUUUGCUGAUUUUCAGACAGUUUUCUGUCCUAUUACAUACAGUUAUGAAUAGACAGUCUAGCUAUGGACUUGAAUUUCCUCAAGACCACCAAGCACAUGGCAAAUAUGAGCAUUUGCACCUUUGAUCUGAAUAGUUCCACCUGAAGCUUGAAAUACCUUAUCAGACUAUCUACUCCUGAGCUGAGGAUUUUAGGUGUUUCCAAACUUAGUUCCACCCCACCUUUGCAUUGUAUGUUCAGGUGAGAAACAUUUUAACAUGCACUUGAGGCUCUGGGUCCAAUCCUAGUCCCUAAUGAAUAUUCCAAAAAGGCCUUCCAACCCACGUGAAGGCUCUAUCAUCUUGCUCAUUGGGAACUGAUUUUAGAAGACAUCAAGCAAACUUGUAAAUGAUAUCACACCAUCCAGCCUUUAUUAGUAUCAAGCAAUGUGCUGCCACUUACCAGAGAGCUUGAACUAAACCUAAUCUACCACAAAGCAGUUGCUUGGCACAACAAAAGCCAGAGAAUACUAUACGUUUCUAUCGCUGAAUUAUAUGCAGGGAUCAUAAAAUCAAGCCUUUUUGUUGUAAAAACAAACAAACACAAAAUCUCCUCUUGCCUCCCAUACUCCCCCUUGGUGUAAAAGUAUCCUAUGCUCAGAGCAGGCAGUGCCUCAUCUGACAGGAGUGAAAUGAGACACUUGCUUGGACCAAAAGCUGAUGGUGCUUUAGUGAGCAAAGGCAGGUUACUGUGCUAUUCACAAUGUGCUUGUAACAACUUUGUCAAAGACAGCUUCAUGCAAGAGGUGUGCUGGAAGUUCUAGCCAACUGACCUGUGCAGAUUUAAGGUGCUUUGUUUCUCUUUGUAUAUCUGUACAUAUGUACAUAUAUAUUCCUUUUUUUAUGUAAUUGAAGCUUUGGAGCUGUUAGUAUACAAUGGAGUCCAGCAGUUGAUAUAAGAGGCUUGGACCAUGUGCUCUCUGGUUGGUAUAAGGCAUAAAAAUAAGUUGAAGCUGGUCCAGUCAAGGUUGGAUACUUAAUAUUCCCAGAUAAACACUCUGCUGUACUCAAACACAUAGGUGCUACAAAUGUAACAGUUCCUCAGAUGCUUUAAAAGCAUUGGGCAGAGUGAUCCUGUUGUGAGUGGGGUGAGAGGUGGUGCUAUGGUAAAGUAACUUCCUCAUCCAAAAUUUCACCAGUUUUCUGCAAAGGUGGGGGGAAAAUAUUUUUGAGCACAGGUCCCAUCAUCCACACUCACUGUCCAUUUGGUCAUUGGCUGACUAUGGUCAGCACAUUGGACCAGACUACUUUGGGAAAACAGAUCAUUGAAAACUGCUUGCUAAAGUUCAUAUUGCAAAUGUCCUCCUUCCUUAAUGGUUGUGCUCUGCUGAGAAUGGUACAAAAGACUUGAUCUCUAUUUUUCUCCAGAGUCCUCCUAUCAGGUUGCAGUUGUCCUGAAUCAGCAUGGAAAGAGGAAGAAAAGUUCAGUUGGAACAUUUUUUUCUUUCCAUUAUUAUUAGAGUUGUAUCAUAAUAAAACAUCCUAAAUUGAAAGACAUGUACCUGAUAAGCAACAAGGAAGGAGAUGGAGGGACCCAAAAGAGGUAAAUGGAUUUGUAAUGCACAAAUAAACAGAGAAAAUACAGUCAAAAUCCAAUUGGAGCUGGAAUGUAGAUAGGUAGAAUUAAUGGACUUCUUUCAAAUUAGUGCUUCUUUACGACUAGGUUCACUUUUCUUCCAUAACAAUAGUCUCUGGUCAUUUAUUGCUGACCAGUUGCACCAAAGACCAGGAUUUUGCUUUGUGUGGUAGCUGCACAUCUGCUUCUUUCUCUGUGGAUCUUCCUUUGCUAAUAAGUAUUCCCAAACAGUGUUGCAUUUCUGAAGCGAAACAGACGGGGAAGCAACAAGGAUGUUCGUCCCAUGUGCUUCAUUGUCCAUUCCAAUCUUUGUUAGUCAUACUGCUGUUUAAGUUUACAGGUCAGACUAUUUCAAAACUGUAGAUAAAUCUAUGAGCCUCAUAGAUGAUGAGUCCUGAGAGACUAACUAUCUCACUCUAUUUGGAGACAUGCUUGUAGCCUGGUCAGAAAGAAGGCCCAGCUAAUUCUGCUGAAUGUAUAUUCAGUUCUGCCUAGCACUGCAACAGAGAUUGCCUUAAACCAGCCAAGGGUAUGAUAUUUGCCAUGUGCACAACCUAAUAGGUUUCUCUGCCAUCUUGUCCAGUUAGGCCCUAUUUCUGUGUCUGGUGCUUUCUCUCUCUCUCUCUCGCUCUCUCUCUCGCUCUCUUUUUGCUCCUUCCCUUCCUGUGUGGUUUGUUCUUCCUAGUUGGUUUUCUUCAAAUUACAAUGUUUUCGCUGAGCACCCCAUCCUAACCUUGAGCACCCUACUAUAAUUGGGGCUAUUUUGCACAGUGAUGUACAAGAUGUCAAACCUUGUGCUGGGUUUGACAUAAGGUUCCUCAUUUGCCUUUUUUCUGUUUUGCUCUUGUAGGACAAGGCAUUGUAAAUAACCUGUAACUGAACAGCCUGGAUGAGUCUAGGGGACCAGCCAUGGGGGGCUGGACCCAGUGUCUGUGAUUUAUCAUGCUGAGUUUGGUUUUGGGGGGGGGGAUUUGUACUAAGUGUGAGUAACUGUGCUGUGCUGACUAAUUUUUGAUUGUAUGAUGAUAAUGUACACCUCCCAGCAGUUGCUAUAGGCCAGUGGGAGAUGGUGGGAGCAAAACACCUUCUUACAAAGGCACGUGGCCUGCCCUGGUUCUCAUACUGCUUGUGCUGCAUUUGCUUAAUGCUUUUCACUAACUUGAUAGUGAAGAGGCUGACAGGGAUAGCUCAAGUUAGGUUGAUGCAAGAUAUUUUUUUUUAAAGUUAGUAACUUCUACAUAGCUCAAUCUCUGGACUAGUUGUCAUAAUGAAGUUUCCAUGGUAGAAAAGCACCUCCUAUAGCACUAAGUCUAGAUAAGUGGGGUGAAGCGCUGUGACCCAAUCUUUACAUAAGCUUACAGUUUUGAGGGGCAUGGAUUUCUUUUUUGGAACUAGAAUGGGUUAUAGUGAAUUAAGGAGUGGACACAAAGUAAUCUUAAAUGUUCUCAUUCCAUUCUUAUGCACAAAGACUGGUCCCUUUUGUUUAUCAUGGCAAACAGCCAUUAAUAGUAAGUAAACUGUAGGAUGACUGUAGGUAAAAGACAAGGUUAUCUCCUAUUUUAGAGAGCCAUUUGUUUACAUAAUUGUAUGGAAUAAUGAAACCUCCCAUGGCUUAAUGUAGUCUGAGCCUUCUAUGAAAAACAAGCCUAAUGUCUACACUCUGCAGAAGAUGAAAACUUGAAUAGAUACUGCUCCCAGUAGAAAAAGGGGUGGAGGAAAUGUGUGGUCUUCUAGGAGUUUGUUGAACUUCAACUCCCACAAUCCUAGCCACCAUAGCCAAUGGCAAGGAACCAUACAUGUAGACAGCAACAUCUGGAGGGCCAUAAAUUGCCCAUCUUGCAGUAGAGGAAAACAGCCAUCUUAAAUUCAAAUCUUCUCUAUUUCUCAUACCACAUGUUAGCCUAAUAAUGAAUUAAAUUCCAUUUUUCUCUGAUCAGUUCAACUUAAGGUAUUUUCCACCCAGAGCAAUUUGGUGUGCUAUAGUGCAAGUCUAUACAUAAGCCAUGUUGGAUUUAAGUGGCAAAUUGUGUCUUAUGCAGAACAUUUCCAAGAUCAGUCUGCUAUUGUAAGACUAGCUGAAAACAAACAUGUCCAGAGAGAGAAGUGGAGAGAAAGGAGUUUGAACUAGACUACCACUCUUUAGAAAGAUUCCAGAACCAAUAGUAGUGGGAUUUUUUCCCCCUUUCCCAAGUGGAAAUUUCAGUCUUCAUGCAGAAUAAUCUUGUUGCAUACAGCAUCAAUAUACUGCAUCUUGUUGCUUCCCAAAGGCUUGCUCAGAAUGAACCUGCAAGCUUUGAGGGUCUCUAUGAAUUCUAGCUUUAUGAUAUUUUUUCAGUGACCAGAGAAGGAAGGCUUCAGUUGCACUCUUGACAUAUUUCCUGUUGCAAAUUGGCAAAGGCCAAUUCAGUGUAAGACUGUGAGGUCAGAUAUUCAGAUAUAUCACCAUUUUUGUUGUUGUUGAAAAGUUGCAGUCUUCAGUAUAUUCCCACUAAAAGUGUAAAUGAUAUUGUGAGUUGAAGGCUUGAUGAAGGAGGUGUGCCCUCUUUAGAGAAAGGAAGAUAAUCAAAUACAGAUCAAUAGGCCUGGUUUCUGGACAGUAUGGAUUUAUGACUACAUGUCACCUAGUGAGCAGGCUUAUUUGAGGAGAGAUAAAUUGUAAGUUAAAAGAAGCAUCUUGAUUUGGUCCUGGAAGCAAAUUGGCAACCAGUUUGUCUGGCAGAAUAUGAGUCUUGCCUCCAAGAAUAGCAACAACUUUGAAUACUAGGUUUAGGAUGGAUCACUAGAUAAGAUCAGGGUGACCUGUUCAGAAGAGGAAAGUGCUCCCUGUAUGACAGGGACUAGGCAACAUAUGGCUUACACAUCACAUGUACACACUCCCAUCUGUUUUUUGCCUUUCCCCAGGCCUGGGUUCUUGCUACUGCUGGAUUUGCCACCAGGCUGCAGUGAAAAAGGCACUGCCUUUACUUUUCAACUGCUUUUAGCAUGUCCCAACUUUUACUUUAAAGCAAGCUAUGCUCUUCCCACAUCUUCCUCCCCUCCCAAAACACACACACACACACACCUUCUCACAGGGACACACACAUUAACAAAACUGCUCUAUGCUGGUGCGUAGUCUAUCUACUAGGUCUGCUUACUCUGACUGGGAGCAUAUUUCCCAUGUCUUCCAGCUUCAGCUGUGUUUUCUGAGAUCCAUUUUAAUCCAGGUCCCACUUGAUGUGCCAAGGAUUAGGCACCUACCACAAGAAACACAAAUAUUCUACCUGAGCUGUGGUAGUUAUGCUCUUCUAUGGACCCUUGUGGCUGCAAAUACAAAGCAACUCAGUUUGAUUCCCUUCUCCUUCAUGCAGCUUGGUAUCCAGACAGGAAAAAGUGCACUGGACAAGAGCUAGAGCUCAGAUAAUUUUCUUUCUUGGGCAAUCAUCCUCAGAUUCUCUCAGUCAUUAUGGCAGCUCCUGAGUAAGUUUCCCAACUUUUGGCAAGAUCCUAUUAUUUAGCCUAAGCAGCAGAAACCCACACCAGUACAGAGAAUUAACUAGGUAAAUACCAAAUAAAUUAGGUUGGGUCUCAAUAGCUUUUGAGUUAUUUUGCAGCAAAUGCAGCACUGGAGGGGUGGGGGGCAGAGACUGGCCUGCCUUUGUUGCUAUCCUAUCUUCAACCCUAAAAUGCAAAUUUAAUUAGUUUUUUAAAUGGGGAAUUCGGGAACAUCAUCCAUCUGAUCAUGAAACUCUGAAGGGCAAAGUUGGAUGGACCCUAGUGGCUCCUCUCAGGAGCAUUGGUGCUAAGUUGCAGGGGGUUUCAGUCCCAUGGAAAGCUAGAAGGAGGCUGCUGGAAGACUGAUAAUUGCACUAAUUCAUCAAUCCAUCAGCAAACGUAGCAUCCCUUCCCCACUGUCCCUGCCAAAGACAUACCACCCUUCUACUCUUGCCAGGUCAUGAAGGUCUUGGCAUGGGGUGAAGCUGGGAUAGCACUGAACUCUAGGGUCUCCUUGGCUCAUUAGCUACUGCUGACUGGUGGUCCAAACCUUAAAAUUUUAGCUUUUUUUCUAAUUCCAAUGCAUUUUUAAUUAAGAAAAGUUGGGGGUGGGUUUCCUGUUUUAGAAGACCUAUGUACUUAACAGAUCCUGUGUUUCUUAACUGCAUGGUAUUCCUUUCAGGGGGUUUUAUAGCACUUUUUAAAUUUCUUGAAAGAUUUUUGCUCCCAGUUUCUACACUAUGUUCUUUCUUGCUUCUUGGUCUCUCCUGUCCUCCAACCUUUUUUAAGUUCAGUUUCUUCUCUUCUUUUUGAUUUCUCAAGAACAGUCAUUUGUAAACCUACAAUCUGUUUUAUACCUGAUGUAGACAAAAAAAAAAAAAAUGAAAUCAAAAAUUCCAGAUGUUGUACAUAUCUGCGGAAACAAUCACAGGGAACAACUGCCAUCUGGACUGUUUCCAACCCAAACCAUUUGUACUUAUGGUAAAAGAAAAAGAAGCCAGGAGAAGGCUUUUAAAACAAAAACAAAAGAAUUAAAAUAAUAAAAAUUGAAAAAACCCCAAGCAAAAUACAGUGCUCUUCGCCACCUCAUCUGUCUUUACCGAGCUGCUCAUUCCAUGCAGCAUGUUUCUUCUGGGUGUGUUGGUCUGUCUUUACACCAUUUGAAGUUUAAAUAAAGUUAUCUCCUGUGUU